AUGAGUUCUAGUGUUUGGUGGGAAGGAGUUGAGAAGACACGAGUUCUCAUUGCCCCAGGAUGUGGAGGAAACAAACCUGGAGAACUAUUAACACUUCGUCAUCCAAAAUCAGAAAAUGGAACUUGCUACCUUUUUAAUAAUGAGAUGCUUCAAGAAAUUCAAUGGUUUAAGCAGUCAUAUGGUUCUUGGUUCCUGGGAGAUUACAUUUCUCAAGAUGGAAGCUUAUAUAUGGCUACUCCGGUUGAUCCUGUUUUCAUCUUGUUGCCUGUUUUCGACCAAGCAAGAAUGAAGAAAGGUGAUGAUCCUGGAAAGUUCAGGCAACUGGAUGAGAUUUUGUUUGUGGAAGGGUUUCCUGAGUAUCAACAUCUGUUGUCACUUGCAGAGAAGUGUAUGGAGAUCGUUUGUCAAACUCAAGAGGUUGGAUCUAUGAAGUUCUAUCGGCUGGAUAACUCGAAAGUCUUAGCUUGGUUAACUUGUAAGGUGCGCUGUUUAAAGAAGACUCUACCAGCAUUGGACAAGAACUAUGCAGCCCAAGAAGAGAAACAAACAUUGGUGGAUGCAGUUUCAAUUGUGGGAGAGUACCUGAAGACAGAGCCUUGGUUGAAGCUUCUCUAUGAGCAUCUUGGACUCGAGUUUGUUGACCCAACAACGAAAGAAACCAAUACGGAGACCUUUCCAAAUGCAAAUGAGAAUAAGAUGGAAUACUCACAUUCAUCCCAGGAGAAGGGAAACAAGAAGCCAGGAAAACCUGGAAAAGUGACAAAACAAGCAAAGGUAGAGACAGGAUCAAAGAACAUAAGGGAUAUGUUUUCAAGGGCUUGCAAGAAAAAGUGCUGA